AUGGCGAUAUUAAUUGUGCUGCUUAUUUUACUCUUCAUUCAUAUCCACGGGAGUGGUCAUCACAGAGAGGCAAGAGGAAUUACUGCAACAAAGAGGGGUUGUGAUUUAUUUCAAGGAAACUGGGUUAUUGAUGAUUCAUACCCUCUCUAUAAUAGCUCAGAAUGUCCCUUUAUUCUCAACGAGUUUGAUUGCAUAAGAAAUGGUCGUCCUGAUAAAAACUAUGUCAAGUACAGAUGGCAACCAAAAGACUGCAACUUACCAAGAUUCAAUGGUGAAGAUUUGUUGAGAAGACUUAGAGGAAAGAGUAUCUUAUUUGUGGGGGACUCUUUGAGUUUGAAUCAGUGGCAAUCACUCACUUGCAUGCUUCACACGGCUGUGCCAACUGCCAAAUACACCUCAGUGAGGACUGGAGGUCUAUCCACCUUCACCUUCCCGAGCUAUGAUGUUAAGUUGAUGCUUUCCCGUAACGCAUUUUUGGUGGAUAUUGCAAGUGAAAGUAUUGGUAGAGUCCUGAAAUUAGAUUCAAUUGAAGAUGGAAAAAAGUGGAAAGGAAAUGAUAUACUGAUAUUCGACUCUUGGCAUUGGUGGCUUCACAUAGGAAGAAAACAACCAUGGGAUUUCAUUCAAGAAGGAAACCAGACAUACAAGGACAUGGAUCGCUUGGUUGCAUACGAGAAAGGCUUGAAAACAUGGGCCAAAUGGGUUGAAGACAAUGUUAACCCUAACAAAACAAGGGUAUUCUUCCAAGGAGUCUCUCCAGAUCAUCUCAAUGCAGCAAAAUGGGGGCAGCCAAAGGCGAGAUUCUGUGAGGGGCAAAUGGUGCCAGUGUCUGGAUUAACGUAUCCAGGAGGUUCACACCCAGCUGAAAUAGUGUUACAGAAGGUGCUAGGAGGCAUGACAAAGCAUGUGAAUUUACUGAAUAUUACUACAUUGUCACAGAUGAGGAAAGAUGGUCACCCAUCUGUAUAUGGAUAUGGUGGAAAAAGAAGCAUGGAUUGCAGCCACUGGUGCCUCCCCGGUGUUCCUGAUACUUGGAAUUUGCUCUUAUAUGCAGCUCUCAUUCAAAAUUAA